AUGCAAAUAAACGCAUCCUCAGUCCAAAUGGACGUUCUCUCUCCGCAGAGCGAGCGCCGGGAACUUAAUCUCCACCGAACAGGGAAAACGUCUUGCUGGUAUCAUAGCCAUCGAGCCAACCCCCGCAUUUGCGAGAGACAAUUAUUCGCUAUGACAUCUAGAACCGAACAAGUGAAGGCUCAAGCUCGUCCUUCAACACCUGAUUCAAUGACGGAGAGCGAAUGCCCUACUUCUGACACUGCAGGACCCCCUUCGACAGGGAAAAAGAGCUCGAAGAAGGGCAAAUCGUCGAAAAACAGAACCGGUGAUGCUACUUCUACGGUCCUGAAUAACAUGGUUGCGCGAAUGCGACCGAAUAAAGCUGACAAGGAGAAAGGCGAUAAGUCUACACAGAAGAAGGGAUUCGUCUUGGAUACGGGGGUAAACAUCCUGUCGAAAGCUCGAGUAAAGCAGGUCAAGGUCGAUGAGCUGGCGGAGGACAAUUUGAUCAUUGCCGUAAUGGGACCCACCGGUUCCGGAAAGAGCUCUUUCAUCAACACGACGACGGGAUAUCGGCAAGGCGUCGGCCAUACUCUCGAAUCGUGCACGAGCGACAUCAACGUGGUGAAAUUCUCUUGCCAGCCGAUCUUCCCCAACGACAUAUACUUCGUCGACACCCCGGGUUUUGACGAUACCAACAAAUCUGAUACCGAGAUAUUCAAGCUGAUAUCCAAUUGGUUGAACAAAACAUACGAGAGUCACAUCAAACUCAGUGGUCUCUUAUAUUUCCAUCGCAUCUCCGACAAUCGCAUGGCCGGUACGCCUCUCAAAAAUUUGCGCAUGUUCGAGAAGCUUGUCGGUAGCAAAUUCCACAACAUCAUCCUCACCACGACGAUGUGGGAUGAGGUCGACGAAGAAACGGGGCAAAUGCGGGAAGAGGAGCUUAGGGACGUCUAUUGGAAGACCAUGAUCGACCGCGGGUCCCGCACAGCGCGUUUUCUCCAGACGACACAAUCCGCGUUCCAGCUGCUCGCGCCGCUCCUCCACGAAGCCAACAAGCGUGAGACACUGCUUCUCCAGAAGGAGGUGACGGACCUUGGGUUCCAGCUUCGCGAGACGUCUGCGGGGCAGGUUCUCUUCCUCGAGUUGGAGCAUUUGGUGAAGCGGCAGCAGGAAAUGCUCGAGCGCAUUCGGGAGGAGAUGCAGCACCCCUCCACCGACGAGGAGCAGCUUCGCUUCCUGAUGGAGGAAUACCAGAAGAUCACGAGCAAGCUUGCGUCGACUUCGAAGCAGGUCAGCGAGUUGAAGAUCAGCAUCGGCUCGCGACUGAGCAAGGCGGUGAAGUCGGUAUUUGGAUUACAGUUCCUCAAGAGCUUGAUCGGUCUGAGGCAACCGAAGAAAAUCCAUCCAUCUGCUCCCGUUCCCCAACCACCAGCCAACGCUCCUGAUGUAUCGUCUGCUAAGGAAGUCGAAAACGAGCGAGGUCCUGACGGAGACGCUGCCGAGGUUCCAGCUACCGAAUCGGUCUCCCAGGAGGCUGCUCUGUCAACGCAACCUCCCUCUCCUUCCAGCGCUGACCGUCUAGGAGAGAUUAGCGCCGAGGAUAACCGAAGCUUCUUCACGGCUAUUUCGCGAGCAGGUUCAACGGGUGUGUACCCGAACUCCCCCAACGAUGGCGACGAGAAGGUUCUUGAUGUUUCUGGAGAACCUGUGCGAUACCGACCCGAAGAUGAAGACGCCGUGAAGGUUUCUAACCUAUGUCCUCCCCCUGCCUCACGCAUCCUUUCCUCCUUUCCCUCCCCUCCGACCCGCAUAGCAGAGCCGCAGCAGAAAUUUAUUGCCCAAAAUCAGAUCCAGGUUUCAAGCCGUGUCGAGGAACGCGCUUCGCGCCCUCUCGCCAUCCAAACCACUCAAGCAGCGCCCCGCCAUCAGACGCGCCCCAAACCCGGAGAGGGAGAGACCUGA